CCACACAAUCCUCAGAUUUCACACUCCUCCAUUUUUCGGCUGCGACCUGUUGUCCCGCGAUUCCUAACGCCCAUCGCCCAACUCACUACACGAUCACGAAGCCAACCUUUCCUUGCGACCUCGACAAAAUCUCGCAAAAAUGGCUACAGAACUCACUGUGCAGUCCGAGCGUGCUUUCCAGAAGCAGCCGAUUUUCCUCAACUCCAAGUCCAAGACGAAGUCGGCUCGUCCCGGAAAGCAAGGAAAGAGAUGGUACAAAGAUGUUGGCCUAGGCUUCAAGGUCCCCCGUACCGCCAUUGAAGGCUCAUACAUUGACAAGAAAUGCCCUUUCACUGGACUGGUAUCCAUCCGUGGCAGAAUCCUCACCGGAACUGUCGUCUCAACAAAGAUGCACAGAACUAUCAUUAUCCGACGUGAAUACUUGCACUUCAUCCGCAAGUAUGCCCGAUACGAGAAGCGCCACAAGAACAUCGCGGCUCACUGUUCGCCCGCUUUCCGUGUUGAGGAGGGUGACCACGUUACCGUUGGCCAGUGCCGCCCCCUGAGCAAGACCGUACGAUUCAACGUUCUUCGCGUACUUCCUCGUACUGGCAAGGCGGUUAAGAAGUUCAGCAAGUUCUAAAUUUAGGGACCACGGGCAUCGAUGGCGUUGUUUCUUCACGGUUCUUCAUGAUACGGAUUUUCGGAACGGGCAGUUCAUAGGCUAAAACGGCGGCACGGAGCACGCUGGUAGUUCUGAAAUGCAAAAAAAAGAAUACCACACCACGAGACGUCUGAUGUAUUUGACGAAGCAUUCGGGUGAAUUUGAGCGCCGAGGUGGUUUUCGGUGUAUAUGAGAUUGGUGAUAUAUAUGCCAAACAUGCUGCAGUUGAAGGUAUCAGAUUCCAAUGUUUAACGCAAGUAUGCAGAAAAAGCUACUUCACACAUGGAUAUCUCCUGAAUUAUUGGCUGGCUAUCUACGCCGCUGCCUCGAGAUGCAUAUUGAUUUUCUUGUGCCGACUACAGUGAAAGAAUUGUAGGCAUUACCUGUGCUCGGAAAUAGAAGGUAUGCACUCGAAUGUGGAAUCGAACUCAACAUAGAGAAGAAACAAUGUGAUCAAACUCAUACCAAGUUGCCGGGGCUUAGAUAUAUACCUACUUAGAUUUGAAAUUCCUUAAAAGUAAGACUGUGACUUAACAAGAACAAGAUUGACUUUUCAUAUUA